CGUUAAUGACCUUGUCAGUGAAUGCGACUUGGAACAGUGAAAUAAUAAAAAGAAGACUAUUUGGCGGUUCGAGAAAACAUAAUGCACAUCUUUUUCGUUAUUCUUGUGUCAUUUAUUUUAACAUCAAGUGCACAUGAUCACUUAUUCAUUCGCGAUUAUUUCGUGUACAAGCAGAUACGAAAUGUCGUGGGAUUCUCCUGUGGCGAUACUAUAGGUGAUUUUAGUCUUCUGAGAAGCCUAAGUACCAUAGGCGUAUUUACGAUAAUAAGGGAGCCCAGCGUAAAAGUCGACUUCCGUAGAUUCAUGAGGAGCGAGAACUGGAGAGUAGGUGUCGUCAUCGAUUUGCGUUGCCACAACGAAACUGCUGUUCGAAUUUUUUCUGAAAGCUCGAAAUAUCGUAUGUACGAUUAUUCGUACAAUUGGCUGAUAUUAGGCUCUAAUUACAAUCACAGUAUCUCGCUUUUGAACGACACUGCUUACAACAUAGUAACCGAUGUUUCUGUCGCUAUAUCAAAUAAAAGUGACUAUGAUUUGUACGAUGUUUUUAAUCAUUGUAAAUAUCGCGGUGGCGCAUUAAACGUUACAAGGCUCGGCGUUUGGCAACCGAAUUCUGGAUUGAAGAUAUUUCUAACGCAGCCUAUAAUUAACAGAAGAGCUAACAUGCACGGGAUUAGGCUGAAAAUAUCUGGUGUGAUUCAAUACAGGCCGAAGAACAUGCGUCUCGAGGAUUACAUGCAGGACAUAAAUACCAGAUCUUUAGAUAGUAUGCACAAAUUUGUGCACGCUAUGAUUUUGCAUACGGGAGAUCUGUUCAAUUUCAGCGUUCACGCUUCGGAAAUCAUUUACUGGGAUAGACACAGUGUUCAUGGUUUAAUAUUCGAAUUCCUGCGAUCAAAUUAUAUCGAUUUUGCCAGUAAUCCGAGAAUCAUGGUAUCCGAGCGAUUAGAUUAUGCCUCUUUAAUAGGUGCAGCCUGGCCAAUCAGGCCGUGUUUCAUGCUCUUAUCAACUUCGACCACUAAAAUCAAAUUAGAAAUUUUUUUAAAACCCUUUACACGGGGAACGUGGUACGUGUUCAUGGUUUUCGGGAUAUUCUCUAUAUUCAUCAUGAAAGUGAUAAUGAAUCGUGAAAAUGUAUACGAAAAAUAUUCUGGGGCAGUGGUGCUAGCGGUAGGAAUAUUGUCUCAGCAAGGUGCAAAUUUUUUGCCAAAAUGCAUACCGAGCCGUCUCGCGCUAUUUCAAAUAACCAUUCACAGCUGGAUUAUGUACAAUUAUUACUCAGCCAGUAUUGUCUCGGCUCGAUUGAGCGAACCUUUGGACAUGAUGGAGGAUUCUGUAACCGUUCUCGCUGAUAGUAAUCUUAAAAUUGCAGCGGAAGCUGUCCCCUACCUGAAUUAUUUCUUAUACAGAUUAAAUUGGGAAUCGGACUACUUCCGCAAGAAACGGUGGGAUCCUCUACCAGAAUCGAAAAGGUACCUUCCAAUAGAGGAAGGUAUCAGGCAAGUUAGCCAAGGUAUAUUGGCUUAUCACACUGAUCCGAAUACAGCAUAUCCGUAUGUCGAAAGAAUGUUCGACUCGAAUAAAAUAUGUGCGUUGACGGAGAUUCAUUUGUUCAAACAAUCGGUGAUGGGAAUGUACACCAGUCAUAAUGGACAGUUUUCUGAGAUUGCAAAGAUUGGAUUGACAAAAAUGUUCAAUACUGGUCUCCGAAAUCGGCAGAUUAAAUACUGGUCUUCGAGGAAACCGCAAUGCCAGCCCGAUACUUUAUCAACGAGAAGCAUCACGAUCUAUGAAACCGCGCCAGCUUUAAUUCUUUUGGCUUUCGGAAUGCUCGUAGCUGGAAUCAUUUGCAUCGUGGAAAAUAUUGUUCAUAGACGUUCAACCAAAAGAGAGAGAAGUCACAGGAGAAGUGGAAUAAGGGGAAGUUUUAGCAGUGGAAAUAGUAGAGAUAAUUUAUUAGAUAUAAAUCUAUGAGUCUUCUACUCUUUUCUACUUAUAUUAAAAAUAGAAUUUUAAUUAGUGUAGGAUUUUUAUUAGA